AUGGUGGGCGGAGACCAUCACCCGUUGUUGACGGAGCCUGCGACCACCCGGACAGCGGCGGUGGUGGUGGUCACCGGUGACCGCGGUCUGGCCGGCGCCUACAACGGCAACGUGAUACGCGCCGCGACACGCUUCAUGCGUGACAGCACGUUCGAGGUGAGGACCAUCGCGGUCGGCCGCAAGGGCCGCGAUCUGCUGCUGCGUGGCGGCUACGAGCUUCUGGCCGAAUUCGUCGACCUGCCGGCCCGCCCGGCCGAGGCCGACGUGGCGCCGAUCGCCGGCGUGGCGAUCGACGCGUUUCUGUCGAAAGAGGUCGACGGCGUCUACAUCGCCUACAGCGACUUCAUCAACGUGCUGCGGCAGGAGCCGGUCGUCCGCCAGUUGCUGCCGGUUCGCACCGGCGACCCGGGCAGCCGCGUGCUGGCCGAGUUCCUUCACGGCGAUCCGCCGGAGCAGACCAACCCGUAUAUCUAUGAGCAGGGCUACGAGGAGCUGGUGAACACCAUCGUGCCGCGCUUCACCGAGCUGCAGAUCUACCAGGCGAUCCUGGAGAGCCUGGCCAGCGAGCACUCGGCGCGUGGUGGCGAUGCGCAACGCGACCCAGAACGCCGACGAUCUGGUCGGCGAGUUGACGCUGUCCUACAACAAGGCGCGGCAGGAAGCGAUCACCACGGAAAUGCUGGACAUCGUCGGCGGGGCCGAGGCGUUGGCCGGGGCCGAGGCGCUGGCGUCAUAACGGAGGAAAUCGGAGUGGAGGAGAGCAUGACAGAGAGCGCUACCGGGACGGUCACCCAGGUCAUGGGAGCGGUCGUCGACGCCGAGUUCCCGUCCGGCGAGUUGCCGCAGAUCCACAACGCCCUGCAGGUGCAGGCGCAGAACGGCGGAGAGCCGCUGGUGCUGGAGGUGCAGCAGCACCUCGGCGACGACCAGGUGCGGUGCGUGGCGAUGGAUGCCACCGACGGGCUGCGCCGCGGCCAGCCGGUCCAGGAUACCGGCGGCCCCAUCACGACGCCGGUCGGCCCGCCGGUGCUGGGCCGCAUCUUCAACGUGCUGGGACGGCCCAUCGACGGCGGUGCCGCCGUCGAUGAGGCGCAGCGGCUGCCGAUCCACCGGCCGCCGCCGCCGUUCAGCGAACAGGUGACCGAGCAGGUGGUCUUCGAGACCGGCAUGAAGGUGAUCGAUCUCAUCGCGCCGUUCACCCGCGGCGGCAAGGUCGGCGUCAUCGGCGGCGCAGGGGUGGGCAAGACCGUCAUCAUCCAGGAGCUGAUCUCGUCGCUCGCGCGCGAGCACGAGGGCUAUUCGGUGUUCGCGGGCGUCGGCGAGCGCACGCGCGAGGGCACGCAGCUCUACAAGGAGAUGCAGGAGGCGGGCGUCCUGGACAAGCUGGCCAUGGUGUUCGGCCAGAUGAACGAGCCCCCGGGGGUGCGCCUGCGCGUGGCGCUGACCGGUCUGACGAUGGCCGAGCACUUCCGCGACGGCGGGCGCGACGUGCUGCUGUUCAUCGACAACAUCUUCCGCUUCGUGAUGAGUGGCGCCGAGGUGUCGGCGCUGCUCGGCCGCAUGCCGAGCGCGGUGGGCUAUCAGCCGACCCUGGGGACCGAGAUGGGCGAGCUGCAGGAACGCAUCACCUCGACGACCAGGGGGUCGAUCACCAGCAUGCAGGCGGUGUACGUGCCGGCCGACGACUACACCGAUCCGGCGCCGGUGACCACCUUCGCCCACCUGGAUGCGACCAUCGCCCUGGAGCGCUCGAUCACGGAGUUGGGGAUCUACCCGGCGGUCGAUCCGCUGGCGUCGACCAGCCGCGCGCUGGAGCCGCGCGUGGUGGGCGAGGAGCACUACCAGGUGGCGCGCGACGUGCAGCAGGUCCUGCAGCGCUACAACGAGCUGCAGGACAUCAUCGCCAUCCUGGGCGUCGACGAGCUGGCGGAGGAUGACAAGCUGGUGGUGGCGCGGGCACGCAAGAUGCAGCGCUUCUUCUCACAGCCGAUGUUCGUCGCCGAGCAGUUCACCGGCCAGCCGGGACGCUACGUGCACGUGGCCGACACCGUCGCCGGGUUCACGCGCCUCCUGGGAGGCGAGCUGGACGACAUCGCCGAGCAGCACUUCUACAUGGCCGGCACGAUCGACGAGGUGAUCGAACGGUCGCGCCAGGUCAGCCACACCCGGAAAAGGCGGCGUAGCGUGCCGAUGCGCCUGGAGGUCAUCACCACCGAGCGCCGCGCGUUCGACGAGCAGGUGGAGAUGAUCAUCGCUCCGGGGGCCAGCGGCGUACUGGGCAUCCUGCCGAACCACGCGCCGCUGCUAUCGGUUCUCAAGCCCGGAGCGCUGGAGGUGAGGAUAGCGGCCCGACCACGUGGUGUGCUGGCCGACAGCGCCGAGCAUGGCCACGAGAUCGAUCUGGAGCGGGCCCGUGCAGCGCGCCGGGCCGCGCACGAGCACAUGGAGCGCGAGCGCGCCGGCGAGCGCGCGGCGUUCGAGGCCGCCCUGCACGCGCUCCUGCACUCGAAGGCGCGGUUGCAGGUCGCGGAGAGCCAUCGACGGUCGGCUUCGGGGGCGCCGCCCCGGGUAUAG